GUGUCCUACCGCCUCCUUCCCUCCUGUCUGUUACAGCUAAAUGGUGUAAUGUAGCUGGGUAGCCUUUUACACCGUUAUAAAAAAAAAAUAGAAAGCAAAAACAGUCCAUUUAUUAGACUUUUGCAUAAUAUGGCCCAGCUGCAGGCCAGUGAGCAGCAGCUGACAAAAACCAUCAUCAUCAUCUGAAAAAGAAAACUGGAUCCUGCGGAGGACUGUGAGUGACUGCAGGCUCGCGCUGGGGCUAACGUUACGCAGCUGCCUGAAACCAAAGCUAACGGCUAUCAAGCGUUAGCAGAUAAAGCUAACCCCUUGGACAUAUGAUAUAGGUGCAGUUAAACACAAGGACAGACCUCUGUAGACAGCGACCCGGGUAGGAAAAGAUACCCUGCUGUGACGCUGACAUGGACAAAGCAGAAGCAGACCGGCUGAUAGAGAAGGCGAAGCUGUGUUUACGGUCAGGACGGAAAGACCGGGCGCUGCAGCUGCUUUAUGAAGCCCAGAAUAUUUUCCCCAGCACCCGGGCCAGAGGUAAAAUUAGCUCCACUCUCUCUGCAAUGGCAGUCUGACUAUCAGACAUGAAGUUAACUGGGUAACUUGUCUCAGCUUGUUAACUGCUGCCAAUACAUUAUCAUAUUUCAGGUGGGUUGCAUAGAUUGCUAUUUUCAGACAGGACAAAAAUUAACCAUGUUGCUAUAACUCAAAGCUCCAGGUUGUUCAGUGCUGGAAAAGUCUCCCGUCCCCCUUUGCACACCUCUCAGGUUGUGGGACAUUGCUGUGUUAGAACCUGCAUUUUUCUAUUUGCUUAAACUUACUUGAUUAUUUUUGCAUUAAUGGUGCUCAUGACCAGAUUAGUUUGAACUCAACGUAGCACGUGAUGCAUAUAAUCACAACCGCGAUUGGACAUGGAGGAGUGAAAACCUUGAUGGAAAGUACUAAGUCCCUCUACUUUUGAUGUUUGUAAGAAGUGUAAGAAAACUGAAUGCCACUAGGUGAACUUUAUUUAAAAUGCCUUGCUCCAGGGCACAAGUAAUCAAUGAUCUAGGGCUGGGCAAUAAAACGAUAAUGAGAUAUAUCGAAAAUUAUUUUCCCUCAAUAUCAAUAUAAAACACGGUCAGUAUGCGUUUCAGUAGUCGGCAUUUUGCCAUGUUUUGGUAGACUAUACAAAUAGUCAAUGAAAAUGGGAGUUGCUCCAGGUCGCAGAUUUUUUUUUUUUUUUUUUUUUUUGUAGGAUGGUCGGGGAAAGUCCCGCCUUCUUUGCCUCUGAUUGGCUAGAAAAGCUGGAAAUGUCAUCACAUGCUCAAGCCAAACGUGGGCUGUCGGCUCUGUACAUCGAACAGAACAUUACAGAACAUUAUCGCACUUCUGAAUCUACUAACCCUAACCCGACAGACGAUAAGGUAUCACAGCCAUAAGGAAUAACCAAUCGGAACCCAGCACUUCAAUAAGAGGCGAAAGAGGGCGGGACCUUGCCCUACCAUCCUACAAAAGAAAUUUGCCUACGGGUCCGCUUCAUGCUGAACCAAUCAUGUGCUAAAUGAGAACCAAGUAGCAAACAACUGCGUGGUAGCAGGCUGCAGCUACACGAGAUGCAAGAUACUAAGUUCAAAACAAGAUUAUAUUUAUGAUUAGUUAUUACCAACACAAAAGAAGUUGACAACAACCACAAACAAUCAAAAUCGUAAUCAAAGCAAUCUGAAAAGCACUCAGAUGUUUUCCUUAACUUUUCAUCUCACAGUUCUUUGUAAACAGCUGACAGUAAAACAUAAACAGUCACUUGUUUGAAAAAGAUUGACAACAAAAUUAAACAUGUUUACAGCUUUGUAAAAAUGGGAGGCGUAGUUUUAUAGCCCAGUAGUUUUGAAGAUAUUAAGGUUAAGGCUUCAGCUAAGUAAGAGGUUUGGCUGAUUUGACUGCCAAGUGGGAACACGGUUGCUAAUAACCAGCUCAACUCCAGCUCUUGUUCUCUUGCUAAGUUGACUGAAGUUAGGUUGAAAGUAUGGCGUCCCUUGUUGAUGGGCUUCAGAAACCAGUGGGUGACUUAACUUAGACUGUGUCUGUUUUUUAUACAGUCUAUGGUUUCUACUGACAGCCAAACAAUCCUCCCUCCAUCUCAAAUCAAACAAAAAACAGACCCACUAUCAGGUGGGUCAGCUAUUGUGUUGAAAUAAUAUGAGACUCAGUAACUGUUAGUGCCCCGUCGUGUGACUUAAUUUUACAUUUUCACAAAACAUUUGGUGAACCAUGAAGUUGAUUGAACCCAGAAAUUUAAUCCCAUGAGCAGCACUUUUAGCUGAAACACGAGACAAAAGGCUGAAUUAAUAGCACAGAGUUAAUGGAGUGGUCUGAGACGACCUCCUGCAAGUGUUUUUUUUUUUUUUUUUUUUUUUUUCAGAUAUUAGCAAUGUACUCCUUUUGAUGAUAGUCUUGUUUUCCUUUUUUAGGUUAGUACUUCUUUACAAAAUUGCCUUGGGGGAGUUGGGGGGGGAUGUUUUCACAGAUUCUACUGUUCUACUGCCACUGUCUUAACAAAAUGUAUCUCUGGACAUCGUGCAGAAAACCUUUGAAUAAGGAUCUGAUAUUGAUAUUGGACCAAUUAAUAUUGGAAUAUCAGAUUAUAUCGGUCUGCAUCUAAAAUCUCCAAUAUCAGCUCUCUGUUACAAUCAGUCCAUUCCAGACUCUGCUCCGGCACCUCCAUCUAGCAGCACCCGGAUCCAGCAUGCAGAGCCCAUGUAAUCAAAACAACAUUGUGUACUAAGGUACUAACAAAGUAGCAAGAAGUAGGAGUGAUGUCGGCUGUAAGGCAGUAUUUUUCAUCUAAUUCUGAAAAAUAAGUUGUAGUUGAGUGCAAAACUUGUCAUGCACAAGUUUGUGCUAGUAUUGGAUCAAUAUUGGUAACGGCCAGUACCAACGGCUACAAUAUCAGUAUUUUAUUGGAAUUAAAAAAGUUGUAUCUGGACACUCCUACCUUUAAAUAAAGUUACUGUUAGUUGUCUUUCUUUAAAGUCAUCCUUCUGUACAAUUAGGGCCAACCAAGUAGAUUCCAUGUCAUGUACCAUAACAUUCAAUGGGAUUUGUAUUGCCAGCUGACCUCCCAUCCUGUGCUCUUGUGUGCAGUACUCAUAGAUGCCAUCAUAGGGAAUGAAGGCCCUGCUUCUCCAGAGGCAAACCACGUGCCCCCUCCAGCAGGCUGGAGAGACGAGGACAUCAGAGACAAUGAGAGGAGCAACGCAAGUAGUGAUGACAAAAAGAGCUACACCGAGGAUCAACGUCAGGGUGUUUCCAGGUGAAUGAUGAAUCUUGAAAUUGACUUUUACGUUUGCCUUUCAGCCUUUUAUGAAGUGGUGAACUGAUGGCUGCCUUGUCCAAGAGUUUAGACAAGUUUUUCCUACUCUUGCUAUUCUUGAACAUCUGUUAGCAGUGUGCCUACAAAAACAUAUAGAUUGAACAUGGGAAGACUAAUGUUUACGUUUGCUCGUCAUUACUUUAAUAUUUGUUUGAAUUGGCUUUUGUUUUGAUAUCCAUAAUGCUCUCUUACUGCAGAAUAAAGAAUUGCAAGGACUUCUACGAAAUCCUCGGUGUUUCCAAAAAUGCAAGUGAUGAAGAUUUGAAGAAGGCAUACCGGAAGUUGGCCCUCAAGUUUCACCCGGAUAAGAACUUUGCUCCAGGAGCUACAGAUGCUUUUAAAGGUAAGAGGUUUUACAAACAGUAUAGAAUUAUGUCCUUUUUUUUUCAUGCUCUGCAGUGAUGGCGGUAUAUUUUUAAUUGUUCUUCUUGUUGUAUCAAAAAAUAGUUUACUGAUUGCUGAACACUGUCAUGUAAACUCAAGGAAAUAAGCUUUUCUAGUGUCAGACACUUGACCUGCCAAAUCAGAAGUUAUGGACGAUUAAAAAAAAAAAAAAAAAAACCCUCAUGCUUGUGAUGUUUCAUGUAAACAGAUAUCAACAAGGUAGAAGGUUCAUAUAGGCCAUCCAGUUGUGCCAGUUUUCACUAGGUCCAGAAGUCCUUGGUUAAGAUGUAGACUCUAUAAUGCCUGAGGUGCAAAAGGGGGUCAAAGGAAAGGGUGAUAUCUCUGUUUUGGAAACAAAGGGAACUUGGUCACUGUAGUUCUUCCUGUUUUAGAGGAGUAAAGGUGCAUUGCGUAGAAAUUUGAAUAUUUAGCAAUACCUAGCAGUGAGAUUCUAAAUUGAAAUUCUUUGGUACUCUCCCGUAUUUCAGACCUAUCUGCCGCCCACCUCCCGUAUUGUCAUUUCUCCCGGGAAUCUCCUGUAGUUUGCAUGGUCCAUGUUCAUUCAUGAAUCGGAUCACAAUAUCACACUAAUAUUAGUGGACUAUCUAAGUUCAAGGCAUAUCAUAGCUAUACGUUUUUUUUAUUAUCAUUUGUUAUUGUUAAAACAAAACAAAAAAGUGUGACGCUUCACUUAUACUUAUUUAGAUGAGCAAUUUAAUUAUAAAAACUCUCAAAAUUGGCUCAUAUCCACCAUACAAGGUAACCCCAAAAAUUUCCUGGAUUUUGUAACCCAAAUGUUGGCAGGUAUGCUCAUAGUAGAGCCAAUUAAGAAAUGUUAAAACCCCAUGCAUCCAUUUACCACAGUUUGCACACAAAAAGUAGUCUUCUAAGGGUCAGUCGAUUCUGUCCUGGUUUUGCAGGGUAAGAAGUUCAUGCUUUGGCUUUUGGCGUCACAGUGAAAUUGCUUCUGGAUCACUGAAGGUGCAGCUGUGCUCCAUGUGAAAUCAAAAGGCAACAAUGAUUCACUUGAAAUCCAAAACCACAAGUUUUUUUUAGCCUGACUGAGUCUUUUAUUGCCUAAACCAAAGGAAAAUUCUGCCACAGUUUUACCAACUUAGGGAAGGUGUAUGUUCAAGUUUCAAAACCAAAAGUACUUUAUGAGGCACAGAAAAACUCACAAUUCUCCCACUUUGACAGUGCAUUCAGUCUUUUUUGUCUUAGCAUUCAGUGAAAUGCUCUAGAUUAUCCUUUAAAUGAAGAUAUUAAAGUUGUACAUAUUUCCCAGCAUAACAUUGUGUCCUAUUUCAGAGGUGAACUACACUCGAAGUCAUAAGUUUUCCAUGUAGUCUUCUGGGUUGCAGCUGUACCAGAGAUUAAGUGAAAAGGAACAAGACUCCAACUCUGCCCUUUUCAAUAUUGAUAAUCAGAAAAGCUUUGAUUUAACUUAAGAUGAAUUUAGAAUUUGGCACGAGGCCUCCUCAGGCUUAAAACUUUAAAAGAGCGGGUUAAGUAACAACAUGUUGUGUUAUAGUUUUGCCUGUGCUCCAGCCUCCCCGGUGAAAUGCUAUGUGUUUAGACAGUCUCUUUGAAAAUCGGUGCUCAUGCUGUAGCCCACGACUAGCCAGCUGGAUUUGACACGAAGAAACAAAAAGUUGUCAUGUUGCUAUUUAAUAUUUGUUUUAGAAAUGAGGGAUGGGGUUAUCAAAGUUCAAGGUUUAUAAGUACAAAUUGCCUUCCAGCUAAUUCGGAUUUACUUCGGCCACAACUGAAUGUCUCCUUCCUCUCCCGCCAGCAAUAGGCAACGCAUACGCUGUGCUGAGCAACCCAGAGAAGAGGCAGCAGUAUGAUCAAUACGGAGAUCAAUCCACAGCCUCGAGUGCACCCCAGCACUCCAGCCACAGUCGCCAUGGAUACCACAGAAACUUCCACAGAGACUUCGAGGCGGACAUUUCCCCAGAAGAACUCUUUAACAUAUUUUUCGGGGGAAGAUUCCCAACAGGUGAGCGUUGUUGUUGUUGUUGCAAGUGUUAAUUUGGUGGAUGAAACUUUGUCUGAAUGAACAGAGAAGUAAAGAUACUGUAAGCUCACCGCCUGGGUUUUCAUUUUAAUGAUCGAUCGAUUCAUAAUUAAGUUUUGUGAAAAUGAAAAUAGAUGUUUGAACAGUAUUGAAAAAGCUUGUCUUGGUUAAUAAUCUCAAGGAAUCACACGACAGCCUAGUGAGUCAUAAGUGGGCAAACUGGACAUUUUCAGAACUUUUAUGUCAAAUGAAAUCCUCUCUAAUAAAGCCACCUCUGAUUAUUAUCUGAAUUAUUGUGUUCAUGCUGGUUGGUUGUAGUGUGGGGAUAUCAUCUUGUUUCUUAGUAUGAAGGUGCAGAUUUUGUAAAAACAUUUGUGUGUGUAUCUUUCUGCAGGAAAUAUCCACGUGUACACAAACCAGGGAGCCUCCUACUCUCAGUUCUAUCAGCCUCGUCGUCGACGUGCUUAUGAGAGGCGCGAGGAGGUGGUGGAGGACAAUCAGAGUCAGGUCAGUGACUCACAAACAUAAAUGCAUGCUUAAAAAAAAACAGCACCAUGUGAAGAUGUUAUUCAUAUCUAUCAUUAACAUACACUCUAGACUUUAGAUGAUGCAUUUUUUUAACAUGGCUGCUGCCCUGUAAUCACUGAUUCCAAAAUAUCCGACUUGUUUUGUUCAUUUAUUGCUUUGGGAAAGAGUGUUUUGCCCCAAAGACACACAAGUACUUUGCUGGCAUGAGUACAGUGGAUCAGUGCAGCCUACAUACAGUAUAAUACAGUAUGCUUUGUAAUCUGUGCUGAUUUUAUCUUCCCACAGAACACCUUCACAGCUCUCCUGCAGCUGCUCCCUGUGCUAGUGCUAAUCCUCAUAUCAGUGUUUACUCAGAUGAUGGCUACUAACCCGCCCUACAGUCUCUUCUAUAAGCCGUGAGUCUGUCCUAACAUCAGCCUUUUCAACAAAUCUUGCUGGUCUGAUUUGGUGGACGGUUAAGUGUCACUAAAAAUGUUUAAACACUGUGUGUUUCAGGGCCAUGGGGCUAGUGGUAUCUAGGGAAACACAGCACAUGGGUGUACCAUACUACGUGGAUAAGAGUUUUCAGAAGGAAUACCGCGGAGCUGCACUAGAUGAACUAGAGAAAACCAUUGAGAAUGACUACAUUGAACAUCUGCAGAGCAGCUGCUGGAAAGAGAAACAGCAAAGUAAGCAUGAAGCUAAAUUGGCCAUGAUGUUUACAGAUUUGUUAAGCAAUUAAAGGGAUAUACCGGCGUAAAAUUAAGCUAGGGUCAAACACACCGUAACACAGAGUUAGACACCCCCUCGAGAGAUGAAUGUUGCCGACCUCUUGCUUCUCUAGUUAUACCAACUUUAGUAACGACCGCCGGAUAGCAAUACACAGCGGCCUAAGGAGCCAUAAACAAACCUCAACCAAAACGCCACUCUAUAGCCUCAAAUAAUGCUCAGAACAGCACCUAACCACAUCAACAGUACAUAUAGGGUCCUAGCCACAGUACUAGCCACCAAACAUCUUUUUAACUUUGCCUGAUUUCAUUAGCAAAGAGACUAAACACAACUCACCCACUCUCUUCCAGCAGCCGCUUGUUUGUACAGAGACCUCAGGCGAGUCCAUUACCGCAGCGGGGGGACGCAGCUCAAGGAAGAACAUUUAUGAUCAUUUCUUUAUCAUUUCCUUGAAGUAAUAAUCAUCAUAUUAAUCAUUUUGCGCUGCAGAUGUGGUAGUUCUUCUGCCUUAGGGUCUCGGUCUGAUUGUAUUUCCAUGAAGAAAUUAUCAUAAAUGUUCUUCCUUGAGCUGCGUCACCCUGCUGCAGUCCGUAAUGGACUUACCUGAGGUCUCUAUACAAACAAGCGGCUGCUGGAAGAGAGUGGGUGAGUUGUGUUUAGUCUCUUUGCUAACUCUGUGUUGCGGUGUGUUUGACCCUAACUUAGUUUUACGCCGGAUUAUCCCUUUAAGAAUGCUAUCAGAAACCUACUUUUUGCCAGAGUAUCAAACCACAGAAGUGAAAUGUGCUGAUUGCUUCAGUAUGAUGUGUAUGAUCAGGUUGUUCUCGGCAUUACUUUUGCUGUCGAGAAUCAAAAACCUUAAACCCUUGUGCCUUCCAAUCUGAUGCCAGUAUUUGACAAAAAUGGGUAGAAAUAUAUUUAUAUUUUUUGUAACUAACGAUUAUCAAUAAAGCUGACCUUUAACCCUGCUUAUUUCUCUCCAGAGUCAGACCUGGCAAACCUGGGACAGCUGUAUCGAGAUGACCGCUUAAAGCAGAAAGCUGAGUCGAUGAGGCUCGACCACUGUGAGAAACUGCAUCGACUGAUAGGGCGUCAGAGGGGCAAAUAAAGACUGUUUGAGGGGAGUUUAGGUUUCUUUACAAGCUGUACAACACACAUUUUACUCAAAUGUCUAAUUUAUCCAAUCUGGCCAGGAUGUAAAGAAAUCUCUUUGUGGUACAGCGCAGUCAGUGGGAGAUGAUACUGAUGAAAAAUGUGCCUUCUCUCCUCCUCAAUGGUAGAAAAUAGGAGUUGCAUGUUGGCUGCCAGCUGUGGCAGCAGCACUGAACGCAAGCUCACUGGGGCAGUGUGUACGAUGUCUCCGAGCCUUUAGACUUUCUUAUAGAAAUGGUACGACAUACAAGGUCCCCCUUUUGGGUCAUGAAGGCAGUUAUGUACUCACAUGGAAAUGUUUUAUUUGUGCAGUUAAUUUAUUUUCUUGAAUGUGUUCAUGUCUACGCUGAAAUUAUAGGUCUGUUUGUUUAUUUAUUAGUUCAUGGAGUGAAUGUUACUGGAGCAGCUUGGGUCAUACUUUUUCUUAAGGCAGGAUUUCAGUACACAGGCUAAAACUACACUGUAGUCUUUGGACUAAUGGUGGCAGAGCUUCUGUUCUGUGAAAGGAAAGAGGACCUAUUAUUUAUUCUCAACACAGACACUGUCAAUGGUUUUAACCACUGAAUUGUUGUUAAUCAAACAGUUCGACUUCUGGCACUGUAAAAAAAAAAAAAAGAGGCAAUGUUGGAAAAAAGACAUUUUCUAAUUGAACGUUUUCUUUUAAAAGGCUCUCUACAGCUUACACAAGUGUUAAUACUGGUCCUAAGGAACAUCAGUUAUGUGGUAGAAGAAAAGGUUUUUGAUUUUUCAUUUUCAUUUGUAAAAAGUAAGGAAUCCACUUCAACCAAAAAGACAAUUUGAACUCCUGCACAGUUUUUCUGACGGACCUUGAAGAAGUGGAGAACUCAGUUGUGAUUGGUCUUUGUUAGGUUACCAGACGAAAAUGGUAUGCAGUAUCUUCCUUUCCUCAACCAUGCACAAUUUUAAACGUUUUUCUACACAGAAGAACUUUUUAUAAAUGCACCUUUUGACUUAUUUAAAAAAAGGCACACAUUUCAUAUCAUGAUUUAACUUUUAACAAAGGUAGUUGUUCAAUUAAUAAUCAGAAACAAAUUAAACAAAUUCAGACAACUUUCUUGGAACUAAGAUGCUUUUCUUUUGUCAUCAGUGGGAAGCUGUAUUCGCAGAGCUGAUAACUUUCUUUUUUUACACUGAACCUGGAUCAUUCGAACGCCUCACAGACAUUAAUAGUUGUUGCUGUGCACUAAGAUUGCCAAACUGCCUUAGCUGUUCUCAGACUUAUGAAUUAUUCAGGUUCAUUUCAAGCACUUUUAGGUUAAUAUUUAAUCCUGUGUUCCAUGUUGUUCAUGUUGCAUGCAGCCCAGUGAGAGUGUUUUAUUAGUUACAUGUUUAUUUCAUGUGAAAACAUCUUCAUGACUACCGAUGCAUUAAACAAUGAGAAUAUUCAGGUCCACUCUGUAACUCACAAACAUGUUGAACUCUACCUGUGACACACACACACAAAUCAGGUUUUGGUAUCGGUGAGUGUGGUAGUGCACUUCAGAAUCACUACAGAAUUCAGUUUUAAGCCAAAAAUACCAGAAAAUUAAACAUGUAUACAGAAAAUGUGAAGGUUUGACUUGUUUGUUUGCAUAAUCAUAGUGGUUUUACUCUCUGAAUGCUCCAUGUACUUGCCAGCUGGAGAUGUGGGGGGGUCACAGACAUUUGAUGGUUAUUCAUUAAUUUUAUUUUUUAAGUGGUACCUGGCAGUUUUAAAUGUUGAAUUCGCUUCAUUAAGGCUGAUCAUUCAGAAACUUGAUGCUAGUUUCAUAUUUCAUUCAGUAACUGUUCACUUUUAUGGACACUGCACCACUAUCUCCUUCGACUGUAAGACCUUUUUGAUGGGAGACCCAAGGCAUGUGCAGAAGUGAAAAGGCGAGUUCAGCAACUGGACUGACUUCACACCCCAUUAUCUGAGCAAAACACAUUUAACUCGCAGAUAAAAGGAAAAUCCCUCAGGUUGGUACAGUCCACAGCAGAAGAGAAUCUUGUUUUACUUAGAGCUGACAGCUGUGAAAGUUUUUCAACUCCUCUGUUAGUGUUUGUCAUAUUUUUUCUCUUGCAGUUCCUCUUCUACUCUGCUAAUUCAGUCAAGCUGCAACAGGAGUCCACGUUUUUCAUCAAAAUGUCAAUAAAUAAAGUACGCUUUCAAAACAAAA